AUGGGAGAUGAUACUCUGAAGAACCAGCGAAGAAGAAGCUAUGGGCGUCCAAGCUAUAGCAGGGAAGUAGCUAAUGCGUUAGCAACCACUGUUUUCCAUCCGGCACAAACCAUCAAGGUGCGAAUGCAAUUAGGCCAGGGUCCAAAUUUCCGGCUGGUCACCCACAUGAUUAAGAAUGAAGGGAUUUCUAGUUUCUACAAGGGGUUGUCUGCUGCGCUGCUGAGGCAAGUUACAGAUUCUGCUGUUUCUCGCUGUUCUUUUAAGUAUUUAGCUAGAGCCUCGCCUGUAGCAGAUGGUGGUAAUGAGAUCAGUUUACGCUAUCACUGGCUCCUCUGUUCAACGAUUUCCAAAACCAUUGGAGCAAUUAUGGCAUAUCCAGCAGACUUAGCUGCAACUCGCAUGCAAGGUGACACAACCUUACCUUCAGCUCUGCGCCGGAAUUACAAGAAUGUGUUUCAUGCUUUGUAUCAAGCUGCCUCUAGAGAAGGAAUCUCAGCACUCUGGAGAGGUGCUGGUACUAAUGCCUUGGGGUUUAUGGCAAUGCGCUUUGGAGCCCUUUCCUCUUUAGAAGGCUUUAAGAUCUUCAGGAAGCAUAUUCCCCGGGAUGAUGGAAUGCUACGAUAUGCCUAUGGUUCAGCUGGCUUCCUGCUUUACCUGGUUUCGCCUCCAGCCUGUAGCAAACCAUUUGAUUAUGUGAAAACCCAAUUACAAAUGAUGCAGCCGGAUGCCAAUGGCAGAUAUCCAUAUGCUGGAGCUCUGGAUUGUGCCAAGAAGACCUUCAGGCUGGGAGGGCCACUCAAAUUCUACUCUGGAUUUGUUCCAUACUUCUUUACACUCUUACCUCCAAGCCUGCUGUCGUACAUGCUUUCAGAACGUGUUUUCAAGGGAGUGGAAGUGUCCGUCAGCGCGUAA